AUGCGAACUCGCUAUCUGAACAACGACUACUUCACUCUCCCUCCAUCCCAACGCCACGAAACCAUCCCCUUCCUCCACCUCCCUACGCCGAUCUCCUCCGCCGUCGACCACCACCUCAACUUCUACUCCUCUCUUCCCGACGUCUCCCUCCACAUCGAUCGCUUCCCGAUCCACUCCGCUCUCUCCUCCUUCCUCUUCUCCGUCCUCCCUCACAAAAUCGAGAUUCCAAAUCCAGAUCCGUCCUCCUCCGUUUCCAAUUAUUCAAAUUCCAAUAAUGCGUUGCUGAGAGAAGCGGAUUUUAUUUUCGAAGAUCAAGUCUCUGAUGCUGAUAUUGAAUUUUCCAAAGAGAGUAAAACCGUUGCUCGUAGUAACGAAAAUGAAGCGUUUAUGAACCGUUUCAAUUUGAAACACCAGAGCAGCUGGACACACUCUUGGAAAAUGUAUGCUUCACUGAGAAGGAGAGGAUGCAAAUGCUGUCUCACACUCCAGAGGUUGAAAAUAGCAUGGAAAUGUUUUUGUCUGAGUCAUUGA